CGAAAUCUGACGAAGCUCUCACGGACGCUCCCCCACAGCAGCUUGCUUUCGUCAGUUCCUCAGUGCAGCUGCAGUCUCUUAUCGAGAUAUGUGGACAUCAAAACUGGUCAAUUCCAAGUUAGUGGUCGUUGCAAGUGCGAAGCGGAACAUGAACAUGUUGCACUUGACCGAGAGUCCACAAGGGGAGGAUCGGUACACAGCAUGAAAUCGGAUGUAGACUUGUUGACACUGGCGGAAGCUCGUGUGCAUGAACGCACCGAGCAUUCGUAGGUUAUACAGCUACAUUGUGCUUUAUGACGACAUUCAUGGAAGGCCAAGGAAGUGCAUGUACAUUCCACUCUCGAUGUGUGGAUAUGAUGAGACUGCACAGCGAUGGAGGUGUUCUACGAAACCAUCUCGGUCUCUUCUUAUAAGAAAUGUACAUGGAGCAGUCGUGUCAAAUCACAGAUCACAUCAGGACAUAUGUUCAGCGCAUGACGUGCCCUCCCAUCAUCGUAGCUGAACUGGUCUACUGAAGCAAGACUCGUGACGUUGAGGAUGAGUUAUCAAAUUCUUCAGAGAGUUAAGCGUCUUCAUACGCA